AUGCAGUUCUCUCCUAUAGAGAUAAAAGAGAAGCUUACGAGGGCUCUUGACGACGACAACAAUGUAUCGGACAUAUCCGCUGUCCUGGAGGUUAUUGCCACCUUGGAAAGUUACCCUAUUACAAGGGAGGCACUUGAGCAAACGAGAAUUGGAAAAAUGGUUAAUGAUCUCCGCAAGAAGACGACAAAUGAUGAUUUGGCACGGCGGGCAAAGAAACUGGUGCGCAGUUGGCAUAAGCUCAUUUCUCCAUCAGAUAACUACACUGUCAAUGGAGAACGGAUAAAUACAAAUUCACCGAGCCCGAGCAUGACAGUGUUUAGUGGGGGUGGGGCCGGUUCACGGCCAGUCAGCCCAGCUUCACUUCGUUGCUCACCUGCCCUGUCUAAAUCUAGUCCAUAUGGAAUAUCUAUGUCCAACAAAAUACAUUCUCCAUGUUUGCGUGUGAAUGCAACACCAGGAACUCCAGGAUUGCAUCCUGUAUCUCCCAAAGUUGAUCCCAAUGGUGUACAAAGGUCAAAUAUUUCUCCCAAUUUGGUCUGCCCAUUGAGGGUUGGCCCCUCUUUGACUUCAAUCCCAAAAGGGUCUAAUAUUUCCCCAAAAAACAUGUGCCCUCGGAGAGUUGGCACACCAUCAUCUUCAACUCCUAAAGAACAUAGUCCUAACAUGUCAUUGUCUUCAACACCAACAUCAAAAGGAAUUUGUCCAAACCCUCCCUUUGGGAACAGUGCCUCCAAUGAAGGCCGUUGUGAAAAUAGCUACCAGAAAAAUGAACCCUGCAGUCCGGCAGGUUGUGAUCGGAAUUGUGUGUCGAAAGAAAAAACUUCAUUAUCAAAAGUUGGUUCAUUACAUUUAGGGAAAUGUUCCCCAAUUUCGAAUCAUUCCAAGGAUCGCAUCAAUGCUGGCAUAGUCAAUGAUCAAAAAAAUGCUGUAAAAGGCAAUUUAUCUAAAAAGCGAACUUUGAACGACCCAGGGGGAGGACUACCAGCUAAGCGUGUUCCCCCCCCAGAAAAAUAUGUUGCUAAAGAUUUACAUUCUAAAGAAAAGACAGUAAAUGGCAUGUGCCCAAAUUUAGAGUCUUCUGAGAAGAAAAAACCAAAUGAAGUUCUCGCCAAAUCCAAGUCUGUGAUGGACAAUUGUUUUAUGUAUGUCAGUGGUGACAGUAAUGACUCCUUCAAGAACUCUGCUAAUAAACGCAAUUUGACUGUUAAGCAAGACAAAACAAAAAUUUCUAAAGUAAAGACUACAGCCCAACUAAUAGCAGAGUUGCAAGCCAAAUCCGGGGUCAGCAGUUCCCAUUUAAAAGGAGAUGUCAUUGAAAAAAUUCGAGCAAAUCAAAUAAAAAGAGAAUCUAACAAUAUUCUACCUUCAGACAUCCACUUAAAAUCAAAUAAACGUGACUCUCGGCAACCUCAUAACAUGCUAAGCCAAGCCAAAACUGAAUUAGUGCAAAAGUUUCUGCAGACUUCUGUGAGGCCCAAUGAUAUUAAGGAAGAAUCAGAAUCUCCAUUGUCCAUAGAAAUGGACCCCUGUAGGUUGCAACUGGAGUGCAACCUUCCUGAUGGCCCAACAAUGUCUGCAGCCCAUGAACUAGCAUCAAUGUCGGCCACUCAGCAAUCUUUGCUGGAUAUUUACAACAUGCUUCCACCUUUGGACCUUGACCAGAUUGACUGGGAAGAUGACACUUACGAGGUGCCAGAACGUACCGAGCCUGUCAGUGAUGGGGAUGUCGAUAGAUUGCACUCAGAACAAUGGUCAGGUGUGAAUGGUAUGUGGGACUCAGUGGGUAUGUGGCGGGAUUGGACUCAGACUAUGUCUGCAGAAUCACUUGAAGGGAGCAGAAUAGAAUUAUUACCAUAUUGUGGGGUGGGGAAAUCAUUGUUUCUUUUGACAAAUCCAUUCUUUGGUAAGGACAUUCGAUUUGUCUGCUCCACAUUUGUUACUGUUUCUGUCUUGAUCAAAUUCUGCUUCCAUGUUGUUUCUUCCUCACUUUUCUCAUCCCUCUUUUUCUCACUCUGUUCACUUGGUGAUGGUCACCAUUUCUGA